AUGGACGCGCUCGCGGCGGAGUUCAAUCUUGCUCUUGCAUCUCCAUCGUCUCAGAACGCUUCAUCGCUGCCCAACCCCAUCUCGUCGGCACCCACGAGCAGCCCACCCGCCCCUUCCACACCUCUGCCAGCAUCGUUUGCUGCUUGUUCAAGAGACGUCUGCUGCGCAUCGCGUCGAGCGGUAAAAUCCUUACCCCUACUGCUUACAGCCCAAUCCCCCGCCCCCCACACCCCAAACAGCAACCACCCCACCAUGAUCUCUGACGGCGCUCUGACAGACAUUGCGAACGGCCUCGGUAUCGCAGCCAUGGCUUUCAUCGUCUUCUACCACUUUAUUUCUGUCAACGGGAAGAGGAUGGAGCAGUAG